CAAGAAGCGUCACUGACAAGCGCAGCAGCAGCAGCUGAGCCUAUCACAUCACAUCACAUCACAUCACAUCAGCAUAGCAGCAGGCCACUGACAAGUGCAGCUGCUGCAAUGGCCUCCUCGUGGCUGGUCUUGGUCCUGCUCCCCUUGCUCUGCCUGGGGACGACGCUGCCGGGCUCCGACGCGGCCCGCGCCUUCUUCGUCUUCGGCGACUCCCUCGUCGACAACGGCAACAACAACUACCUGCUCACGGCGGCGCGGGCGGACUCGCCGCCGUACGGCAUCGACACGCCGGACCACCGCGCCACGGGGCGCUUCAGCAACGGCAAGAACGUGCCAGACAUCAUCAGUGAGCACCUCGGCGCCGAGCCCGUGCUGCCGUACCUGAGCCCGGAGCUGGACGGCGACAAGAUGCUCGUCGGCGCCAACUUCGCGUCGGCCGGCGUCGGGAUCCUCAACGACACCGGAAUCCAAUUCGCCAACAUCAUCCACAUCUCGAAGCAGCUGCUCUACUUCCAGCAGUACCAGAAGCGCCUGAGCUCCCUGAUCGGCCCGGAGCAGACUGCCCGUCUGGUGAGCGGCUCGCUGGUGCUCAUCACCCUCGGCGGCAACGACUUCGUCAACAACUACUACCUGGUGCCCUACUCAGCGCGCUCCCGCGAGUUCUCCCUCCCCGACUACAUCAACUACAUCCUCUCCGAGUACAGGCAGAUCCUCACGAAGCUGUACGACCUGGGCGCGCGGCGCGUGCUGGUGCAGGGCGUGGGUCCGAUCGGUUGCGUCCCGGCGGAGCUCGCGCUGCACAGCCUGGACGGGAGCUGCGACCGUGAGCUGCAGCGUGCGGCGGAGAUGUACAACCCGCGGCUGAUGGCGCUGCUGGCGGACCUCAACGCCGGGUACGGCAGCGACGUGUUCGUCGGCGUGAACACGCAGCGGAUCCACAACGACUUCAUCGACGACCCCAAGGCGUACGGCUUCGAGACGGCCACCCAGGCGUGCUGCGGCCAGGGACGGUUCAACGGGAUGGGCCUCUGCACCAUGGUGUCCAGCCUCUGCGCCGACCGCGACGCCUUCGUGUUCUGGGACGCCUUCCACCCCACCGAGCGCGCCAACCGCCUCAUCGUGCAGCAGUUCAUGUCCGGAUCCGUCGACUACAUCGCGCCCAUGAACCUCAGCACCGUCCUCGCCAUCGACCUCCAAAAGGAGCAGCUGCGCACAUGAUUCAUUCAUCGAUCGGCCAGUAGCAGUCGCGUUCGUUCUCAGCUUGAUUAUCAUUCGUGCUUGCAUUGCAACUUGCAGUUGCCAUGCCUGCCUUUCUUUCUUUCUCUCUUUCUCUCUCUCGAGGUUUUGAGGGUUUCGUCAGUACGUAUUUAGAGAUAAGUGCUUCCCCUGCUAGUGUCAGUUCCAAAUUCGAUCAGUUCGUUGUCCAGAACAUGUCAUUUUCAGCAGCAGGUUUUUCUUUCUUUCUUUCUUUCUUUUCUGUCCGUGUUGUUGUGCAUGUGUACGGGUGGUGACCAUAUAUAUCCCAUCAUAUAGGCCUUUUCUAGUCAAUAUAUAAUUCUUCAGAAUUUCAAGCAGCUAGCGGUGUGGUUUUCCUUGCUUUGCUUGCUUGACUGUAAAAGUAAGAAUCCUACUGUAAUGCAGUUGUGCUAGCAA